CGGGGUAUCAGAUCUCUGCGAUCUAUCCGCAUCGAACUCCGCUCUGUUCUCGAAAGCUGGGCAGAUUCACAACCUUCGACGAUAGGCCUUUGCAAUGACUUGGGGAAACCCCCGAUACUCGAAAUUCCCACCACGGUGAUAUGAUGCUCCAGUCGUCGUCAUAUCCUCGGGGUGCGACGUCCUCAUCUCCUCAUCCUCGAGGCCGUCCCGCACAUCUGUCUGUCAGUCUGCGCCAUGAGGGCCCUGCAGCCGGAAAUGCAAGGGCGGGAGUCUCACAGGUUCAGCAGGCAGUGAAAGACAAACACGAGCCCUCCAAAGCUGACCUAGCCAUGCAAUCAUCAGAUGAUAGCAACGACUCGGAAGAAUCACCCGCGCCGAACCUGCAAAGGUGGUUCGACCGCUCAAACAGACGUCCAGAGACAGGGUUUCCCCAAACUUUGGAAGACAAUGAUCCGCCCUUUUUCCUCCCGCGCUAUGGCUCUGGUACCUCGAGUGCAGGCUCCGGAUCGGGAGCCAAACGCUACCCCCCGCACCUCAAUCCAGGGGGUUUACACGCACCGACCAAUGGCAGUAGUGCGGACGAUUAUCGAAGCGUGAUCGACGAUCUUACCAUUGAGAACAAAAAGUUGAAGGCCAGGCUACGGAAGUAUGAAAAAGCACAAAAUAUACAUUUAGCGAAAGAUCGGCUCUUCGAGGUCAAGAUACACUCCCUCUCAGCGCGGAAGCGAAGAGAACUGGAGGAUUUGCUUCGAGAAUUUGCCUCUAGCAUUGAUAGUUCUACGGAAGGAGCUUCGAGAAUGCGCACCAGAGGAACAUUGCCCUUUACUUCACUCACUCCUGCAAUCAGCUCCCUGCUUAAGCAUUCUUCUUCUUCUUCUACCUCGAAUUCACGACCUAUCGACUCGGCAUAUGCGUCCAUGUCUAACUCGUGCCCCACUUCUACAUCGACCUUAAAUCACACGCUGGAAGGGAGACUCGUUUCACAACAACGCAUUGGCAAGGAACAGAAUAUAAAAUCAUUCCUGCACAACAUUCCCGAGGGAUUGUUGCCCAAACACUCUCCCGUUAUGACGGAGAGGCAAAAGAAGAAACUUGUCGUUCAAAGAUUGGAGCAGCUCUUCACAGGUAACAGAGGAGCGAAUAUUGGGAACAGAAACCAACCGCUCCAGCAACAAGAAGUCUCCAAAUCUGCAGCCAAGGCAGAUCAAUCAGCAGACUACGAUCCCAUGGCCCUAGAAGGUGUCCGGGAGGCACAUAUCGUGCCCUAUAAAAUGGAUGUGAAUGGUAGACCGGCAAAACUGUUUGACGAUUCUAGCUAUGAGAAGCAAGUUCUGGGAUCUGGGUCAUCUGAAGAAUCCUCUCCAAGCCGUUCCCCAGAACAGAGACCGACGAGGCCAUUGGACUUGGAUCCUAACCGUGCGCAAAACCCAUCGGAGAAUGUUGAAUACAUUCGACAUCUCGGCUUAUCGACGCCACAACUAGCUUUUGAUGAGUCUGCCGAUGCACCUGAUGCCGAAGGAUGGAUAUAUCUCAACCUUCUCAUCAACAUGGCCCAGUUGCACAUCAUAAAUGUCACACCGGAUUUCGUUCGAAAAGCUGUCUCAGAUGUGAGCGCUAAAUUUCAAUUAUCCCAAGACGGGAAGAAACUGAGAUGGAGAGGAGGCUCAAGAGGGACUCAAAUGAGUAGCGACAGUUGUGCUAGCAGUGACCGAAACAGCUCUCCUCAUGACAACGACAUCUUUGGUGAACAUCAGAGAAAAAGGCGCAAGGUUGGGACGAGCAAGUUUACAUCUGUCCCAUGCAGCAUGAACGAGGUGUCAGGUGACGUUUCUGGUCCAUCCGAUUCAUUUCAUUACAAGCCUCUUUUUCAUCAUGCAAGAUCGUCUUCAGACGGAUUUAUAUCCUCGGACGAAAGUGAGUCGUUGUUCGGUUAUAAGGCCCCAAAUGCAAGUGGCAUUGGACGAAGCUCGAGGCCGAGCAAAUUAAAGAGUGAGAGAUCUGGGCCAAAAGGACGCAUUCGAAAUGACGAAGGGCCGAUCGUUUUCUACAGUGGUACCAACUUCUGCACUGACCUUUCGGGCGAUCGAGGAGAUAUCAUGACACCACUCCAUGUCUCCGGUGUUGGAAAAGAUGGCUACAGCAAUUAUACCCAAACUGCUCUGGGAUGUCAAUCCAAAAGUAAAGCACCGCAAAUUUUCCGAACAAUCUCAGGCUCCCUGCUCUCCUUCAGGCCAUUCCGAGAUUAUUCAAAGGGCCCAGCCUUUCUCCAAACGGAGGAAACUCGACCAAAAACUCCAGAGCUACUUGAAGAUGACUCGGGGAACGAUAUUGACUUUGUGGAGGGCUCAGCAACUAGCUCCUGUCCACCCGCCCCUUUGCAGGAUUUCGAAGCUAGUGGCUUGGGAGGAACUCGACCAGCAGAUCAUUUUACUAUCAGAGUGCAAACUCGACGUACAAGAGCAGCCCACCAUCUUCCAAAGAGGCCCAAGUUCUCCGUACCGGGUGCACGGUUCGGAAACUUAGGGCACAAUAUUUCCAAGAAUUCACUGGACCUCUAUCACGACUCUGAACUCGAGGAGGUUAUUUCUGAUCGACUGUCUUCUUUAUUGAGCUUCUCCCCGACGCCGAAUUCGACAGAUGCUCCUCUUGUCAAAACCGACCUCAUUUCUGCGCGCUUCGCUCGCCUUGCGCCUUCAGAGUUGCCAGCUCCCGCUGGCUACUUCGGGAUGACUUCCAGUUCUGGGGCCGAUUCUGAUUCCAACACGAGUUGCGCAGGCAUCUCUCAUCUUCGGCGGGAUAGAACAUUUUUGCCGAAAUCAUUUGCCUCGUACAGCGACAUGGACGAUGUCAUCGAUGAUUCUUCGGAUGAAAUAGACGAAGAUGGCGAUAGUGUCGACAUGUUGGCGCAUGCACGAGAGAUCGAUCCAAAUGGUGUCGCAACCAGAGAGGAGGAAUGCGACAUGGAGUUAGAUGAGGCGAGAGGACCUUCGAACGUGCCGGUUCGAAGCUCGGCUGCCACGGUGAACGAUGAGACUGGGACAUGCUCCUGCUCUAGUGAUGAUGGCGGUGACGAUGAUAAUGAUGAUUGAUUUGUUUGUCGGUUAUGUGAGCAUUGGAAUUAGCGUGGCGUUCAG